GUGACGUCUCCUCUAAAGGCUUUAUAUACAGACUUUCCGCACGUAGCGUAUACAGUUGAUCCUCGUUAGCGGACAGUGAAGGUUACCUGCUUCAACAGUGCUUGAACGGCAACCUUUUAACUGUCUCAACAUUCAAAUAGCAGCUUCUCUUCAGCUUUUUUUUUGUCGAGCAAUUCGAACUUUAGUGCCAGUUAGCUAAACUAUCCUCCAUCACGCUUUGCUAGAGGGCUAUUUGUCUUGCUAACAACGCAACCAGUCGAAGAGCGGCGACCUCCUCAAAAGACGACCGAAAUACAAACCAUGACUUCCCAGGUGAGACACAACUACCAUCAGGACUGUGAGGCUGCCAUCAACAGGCAGAUCAACCUGGAGCUGUAUGCCUCCUAUGUCUACCUGUCUAUGGGCUACUUCUUUGACCGGGAUGAUCAGGCAUUGCACAACUUUGCCAAGUUCUUUCGUGGUCAGUCCCAUGAGGAGCGUGAGCAUGCUGAGAAGCUAAUGAAACUCCAGAACCAGAGGGGAGGAAGGAUUUUCCUGCAGGACAUCAAGAAGCCAGACAGGGAUGAGUGGGGCAGUGGUGUCGAAGCUCUUGAAUGUGCACUGCAGCUUGAGAAGAGCGUGAACCAGUCACUGCUGGACUUGCACAAGCUCUGCUCCACUCACAAUGAUCCACAUCUCUGUGAUUUCAUCGAGACUCACUACCUCGAUGAGCAGGUGAAGUCAAUCAAAGAAUUGGGAGACUGGGUGACCAACCUGCGCCGCAUGGGAGCUCCUCAGAACGGCAUGGCAGAGUACCUGUUUGACAAACACACUCUGGGCAAAGAGAGCAGCUAAAUCCGUCCAGAAAUUAUCAAAGAAAACAUGCCUGUGUAUGUGGCAAUUUGCAUCUUGCUUCUAUAAAUUUCAAAAUAUAUUUUUGGCAUUAAAUUGGUCAUUAUAGUUACAUUGAUUAACAGUUCUGACACCUUUUAAAUCUGUAGAUGUAGUCGCUGCAUGAUUGCUGUUUUGUGUUGAAAGACCAAAAUAAAUCCUACCUUCUGGAUUCUCA